GCAGACGUGCUUGCCGCACGGUCGUCGUAGCGCGCUGCCCGCGACUGCUGCAGAACCCGGACUGGCGCUACCGGCACGCGGCGCUGAUGGCCAUCUCGGCCGUCGGCGAGGGAAGCACAGAGCAGAUCGAGGCGGCUGCUGCCAACAUCAUGGAGGGCGUGCUGCCGUUCCUGCAGGACCCGCAUCCACGAGUGCGUUAUGCAGCGUGCAACGCCAUCGGUCAAAUGUCAACCGACUUCGCUCCAAUCUUUGAAAAGAAGUUCCACGAUAAGGUGAUACCUGGCUUGCUGAUGGUGAUGGACGACCAUGCGAAUCCACGCGUGCAAGCUCACGCCGGUGCCGCCCUCGUUAACUUCGCCGAAGACUGUCCCAAGACGAUCCUAGCUGCCUACCUAGACACCAUUAUGAGUAAAUUAGAGUUCAUCCUCACAACGAAAUUCAAAGAGUUGGUCGAGACAGGUACAAAGUUGGUGUUGGAGCAGGUGGUAACGACUAUAGCAGCGGUGGCUGACACGUGCGAAGAGAAGUUUGUGUGCUAUUACGACAGGUAGCGUAGAAUAUUGCAACUUUCACUGACUAUAUGCGUAAUGUUACAGACCAUUUAUUCUCGACACGACAGAUGUGUGUUGCUAAUUCAGUACGCAAUAAUGGAAAUAAGUUGGUUUCU